UGUGAGGAGGCGUGAGGGAAAUCCAUGACUUCCGCGUUUUUCCUCCUUGUCUGAAACUGACUGCAGACUCCUUCACACUAUAAAAGCUAUGGUUCACACUGCAGACAGUAGCGACUUGAACCUUGAGACCCGGACUGUGUUGUAUGACAACAGGAAGACUUUCUUUUGGAGAAAAACACCUAGGCGCCUGGAGCUAUUUAACAGGUGUCAUCCUUACUGUCAGCGCUUCAAUAGCUUGACGCUGUUGAUUCUCAACCCAAACGUCAGGGAUCUUAUUUCGGGUGUACAGAUACAGAAAUGGACGCCGAGUCUUUGCAGCAAUGUGACCGUCGACGAGGACGCUGCCUGGACGUUUUUCUCGUGGCUUCCGUCAUCUUUCUGUUUAUGGCUGUGAUGGCUUUGGCUGCCGGCGGAUUGGUAUGUGUGAUGGAGCUGAGGUCCAAAGUGGACUCAACGCAUCUGCACGAGCAAAUCGAGGCAUCACCUGAGAAAUUAUCUGUGCUACCUGGAGAAAUGACAUACAAGAGGCAGAACUUUGCUUAUCUGAAAGCCAAACCAAACAAGCUGAUGAACUACACCAUCCACUUGAAAGACGUGAAAUCUGGACUUGGGACAUCUGUGGGAAGCAACUACCUGUUUGAUGAGGACCAGAGUUCACUAUUGCCCAGAAAACCAGGAACCUACUUCAUAUACAUUGAACUGAACCUCACAUGCACUCAUAUAUGCAAUGCAGGAGUCUUCACUGUGAGUUUUGGUGAUAAGCUCACUUGUGAGGUUAAUCUUCCAGUCUUGAGCAAUUUAACAGUUGUGGAAAAGAAAUGCUGGACAGUGGCGCAGAUGGAGGGGCAGAGACUGAACGCUCGGAUGACGAUACCACAGACGGGACUGAACAAUUGGUAUCUGCAGGACUCAGGAGUUGGGAUGUUCCUGGUGGACUCAUAAGGACACAGUAGUGCAUCUCCUAUUCUUAAGGUGUAGGUUCUGCCUUUUGACUGUAGGUAGUCUAUGAAAAACAAUGCCAGUUUGAGCUCCCCUGAAGUUCAAGUGGGUGCUAAUCCUCUGGCGCUUGAGCUGUUCUUAAAGCUAUGACGAGGGCCAUGCAAACUCACAAACGCAAGGCUGUGCUGGAGUUGAACUGCAAAAGACUAAAUUUGCCAAGUUCUGUAUAUAUGAUAUAUUUAUUUAUGAUAUGAAACUAUUUAUGUACAUGUAUUUAUUAUGAUGUUGCUGUUUUCUAUAGAAAUGUAUUUUAAUGUAGAUGUCACUACUCUGGUGUUGAUGUGCAAUAACAUAAUUUUAAUCAGCAUACAUGGGAUGAAAUGUGACUCCAUAGCUCUAUUGUCAUUUUAUAAAUGGCUUAGACAUGAAGUGUAGGCAUGAAAUAAAGUGUAAUUUAAAUUUCUGUGCAAAAACCCAAACUAGCUCCUCUUAUAUAGACCUUCUGUGGUCAUUUGAGAUAAUUAAUCUUUGGAAAGAAAAUAUCAUUGAUGGAUUUUAUUUAUAGUAAGCUAUUCAAAAUGAUUAAGUAAUGCCUAAUCAAAAGAUGACCUGCAUAAUUAAUCUAACUGGACAAAUUACUGGAAACUGUUUCACUUUUGGAAAAAAGUACCUCCCAUGGACAAACUACACAUUACUGAAUGUAUUCUAUUGUAACCCAUGUCAUUAAAGUCGGAUCUG